GUUCCCGUCUGUCUUAUAACUUUCCCAUACAUACUACAGCUUCAGCUCGCCGCACAACCCCCUCAUCAAGAAGCAUGUCUUUGAACAGCAUUUAGAAUGGCUUAAGUACUAUGGGCGGCACCUGUGUGUAGGUCAGUUCUGGAUCCCCGACAUGGCUCUUUAUGCUGUUCUUUUUGCAUUUACAGCUACAGGUGCUCUUCCGCUCGGGCCCUCUGAAGGAAAUGUAACUUUCGAACACGAAUUGACUGUUCGCGCCGAUGCGUGUACACCAUCAUCGAGAACUGUACUCGGGAUCGUAUGGGGAUGUUUGACAACGAUUGUUGCUUGUACAUGGCUUGCGAUACACCCGAAUGUUCCCAGUCCUGAAGACUCUCAAUGGAGGAUAUUAUUGCGAAGAGCUAUGAUCAUGGCACUUGCGAUUGUCUUCCCGGAAUAUACAACUGUAUGGGCCAUACGUCAGUGGCAAGAGGCAAAACGUAUAUCUAGAGAGAUGUCUUUGAGAGAAGAGUUUCCAGAAUGGACAAUCACUCAUAGCUUCUUCCUCACCAUGGGCGGUUUCAUGCUUGUGGACGAAGCAGGAGAGCCUCGCGGACCCUUGCUCUACAACGACCUAUCGUAUUUCGAGAAGUUCAGGGAUUUCAAAUUUCCCUCCAUAUCCGAGAGGGAGAUCCAGGAUCGCAGCAAAGGGGACGCCUUAUCAAAAGCCCUGAUUUUCCUUCACACCAGUUGGUUCUUGUUGCAAGUCCUUGCGCGUCCUAUCUCUGGUUUACCUGUCACGGAGCUCGAGCUUGUUACGGUUGCAAUUGCCUCCCUUAACAUUCUUGCAUAUGGAUUCUGGUUCAAAAAGCCUUUGAACGUCGAGUGUCCCGUAAAAGUGCUUUUGCCUUACUGGAUUCCGCAUCCCGAAGGCUCUUCCCUCAGAUUGCAGCCAUUUCAUGCAGAUAGUAGAUCAAAGUCUGAGAUAUCGCUAUCUCUGGCAACCGACGAGUCCUUUCCACAAGUCCAGCACGUUGCUGCAUUUACUCCUCUGCCUGACUCACAGGAGAGUCUUCCUGGUUCAUCAAAAUCAGGACCACUGGGUUCUAAAGGAGUGGAUUUAUCGACUAGUCUAGAGAUACACUCUAUGGAUAUCACGGACGCUUUUGAGGUGGAAUCCCACCCACGUACCCCAUCUGGAUCGACAAAUCCAAUGAGAUUGAACUCUCAAAGAUCUUUACUUCUGGUUACCAACCCCCUUUCACGAGUUCAGCGCGUUGCCGCUUUUGCCCGGGGCUUGAUGCGCAGGGUCAACGUGUCAAGGAGGCUAAGGCACCUGCGCUUAUCACUUUCGUCUUUUACUACAUCGCUGAUCUGCAGGGUUCAGCACAUUGUUACUUUCAUGCAGAAGGCCGUAGGAAUGAUAAAGAGUCUACGCCCAUCCAGGGCUAUUAUGCAGGAAGCACUCAUCCCAGGUUCGGAUCAUCAUGAUCUCCGACAAAGUGACACCAUGAACCAUUUCCCUCAUGGUUUGCGAGUGUCGACAUUCUACAGCGGUUCAAGGUAUGCGUACUCAGCUGCGACGUCUGGUCUUCUCCAGCUAUUGAUGGCAGUGUAUUUCGGUGGUCUUCACUGUGUGGCAUGGAAUUUUGUUUUCCAGACAAAUGAACUGCGUCUGCUGUGGAGGGUUUCUGCCAUUACUCUGACCUCAAUCCCCCUUUAUUACAUGAUAAUGCUAUUGGAGGCCCGGAAACGCGGCAUAUACGUAGUAAAGGUAGUAUUCUACUGGUCAGGCAUCUCAGCUAUAGUGAAAACAUACAAGUACGUUGCUUCCUCUGUAAUGAGAGUGUUACACCAACAAGUUUUCGUUUUUCUAUAUCUUGCCGCUCGAAUUACCCUUAUCGUUCUGCCGUUCGUUCUUUUGCAGGACUAUCCUUCACGUACACUCGAAGAAGUUGAAUGGACCAAGUAUAUCCCUCACGUAUCUUGGAUGUUUACCCAGUAGGACCAGGUUAUCGUGCACAUACUUCUCUCGUUACCAAGGACCGAGACAGUUUUCUUUAUUCAUCACCACCAAUGACCAUGGACAGUGAUUUUACCCAUAUUCUUCCGAACCUUUG